GGGAAAGCUGGAAAGAAGUGUUAGAUUUAAAAUCCGUCUAUUUGAUGAUUUCAGGGCACGGCUUUUUAUUUUCUAGAAACGGUUUAUGUAAUGCACUUUCUGUUUGAUGCACAGCGUUGUUUUUCUCUCACAGGCGUGGACAGUAUGCAGUAGAAAGGUGCAUUUAUAGAGGGAUGUAUCGCGGCUCGAGAGGCCUUUUUUCUGUUAUCGAGUCCCGUUAGCUUGCGCUAGCUGUCCGCUCAGAGCCGCGGCAAAAACACGGCCGACAAAAAAACUGCGCUCGCUGAAUUAUCAUCAUUUUGGUGUGAAUAAUCAAGGGAAAAAAUCUUGAAUGGAAUUAGUUUUGUUUUUAUCAGGUGUUAUGAGCGUGUUAAGGAGCCGUUUGUCUCUUGUGCAUAUGUUAGAAUUGUGAAAUUCGGGCUAUAUUUCGUGCAGUAAAGGUUUGUUUAUGUUUUUCUCCCCCCGCAGCUCGGACAUGAGCAGCUUUGCUCCGCGAGCAAAAUAAAACACGCUUCCCUCGGGAGUUCAAGCCCUGUUGGCUCUCUGUCCUCGGAGGAUCAUGACUUUGACCCGACAGCAGAGAUGCUGGUCCAUGAGUAUGACGAUGAGCGGACUUUAGAGGAGGAAGAGGCGCAGGAAGGAGACAAGAAUUUCAGCGCUGAACUGGCGGAUCUGGAGAAGGAAGGGAAUAUGCCUCUGGAGGAACUGUUGGCUAUCUAUCGUUAUGACCCAUCAGUCAACACAACUGCAGGGUCGAGCAUGGACAGCUCCUCCGUCGAACUGGCUGAUGACCUUCCAGACAUGACCCUGGAUAAGGAAGAGAUAGCCAAAGAUCUGCUGUCGGGAGACUAUGAGGAAGAGACGCAGUCUUCAGCUGAUGAUCUGACCCCUUCUGUUACCUCCCAUGAAGCCACUGACUUUUUCCCAAGAACACUCAGAUCCAACACUACUUAUGACGGUGAUAAAGAGUCUGAGGGAGAGGAGGAGGGUCUUAGUCCUGAGGAUUCAAGAAAGGAAAUAAUGGUUGGGUCACAGUACCAAGCAGAAGUUCCUGUAGGUCUGAGCUUCUACUCUGAUGAUAAGGUGUUUGCAGAGGAAGAUCAGUUGCUCUGGUGUCCUGACGUGUUGCCAGAGAGGAAAGUGGAGGACUACCUCAGAAAAGCACUGUCUCGGACUACAGACAGUAGCACAGAAAACUCUACAUGUGGAGGACACGUACAAGACGAUGAACAGGCUUUGUAUGAGCUUGUGAAAUGUAACUACAAUACAACCGAGGCCCUAAUGCGGUACUGCAGUAAUCCGAAAACCUCAAAAGAAGAUUCGCCACCGUGGUCGGAAGAAGAGUGUCGAAAUUUUGAGCAUGCGCUACAGAUUUAUGAAAAGAACUUCCAUCUAAUUCAGAAAAACAAGGUUCCAACGAGGACCGUGGCAGAGUGUGUAGCGUUUUACUACAUGUGGAAAAAGUCUGAACGUUUUGAUUAUUUUGUUCAGCAGAAUCGGUUCGGGAAAAAGAAAUAUAGCAUUUAUCCCGGUGUGACAGAUCUGAUGGACCGUUUAGUGGAUGAGGCAGAAGGUCUGGCGGUGGAUGGCUCUUCGUCUGUGUGCUCAGGUGGAGCAGGAGGGAGGAUGGAGGUGUCUGCGGAACAGCAGCUCGGCCUUCUUAACACAAUCACUGCCAGUGACCUCACAGCUCUGAGUAACAGCGUGGCGUCCGUGUGUAGCCAGGCUGAUGUGAGCUGCUUGGACUCAUCUUACUUCCCCCCUUUGGAGACUUUCCACCGUGGAGCGCUGACUCACGAUGAAGCUACUCUAGGCUAUGGCGCAAGUGGUGAUGCUGGCUGCCUCGGCGUCCUCGACUCGGCUCUAUAUCGCUCGGAGCUCGGCCAGCUCAGCGUGUGCAGCAGCAAGGAGUGCGAGCGUCCUUCCAAACGCCUCCGGAUGGGCCUCGCCGACUCGUUUAUCAACGACACACACCGCAUCACAGGAGCCAAGAUGGCCGUCUCACUCACAGACUUCAGCAGCAUAGCGAGCGGAGACGCAAACGCUUUCAUCAGCACCCAUUCGCGCCAUCACCAACACACUGCACUGCAGUCUGACUGACCACAACACACACACACACACACAACCUGUACAGAUCCCACCCACUGACUGAACCUUAGUUUCUUUUUUUAAUUAUGUAUAAAUAUACUUUUUUUUUUUGUAAUAUGACAUCAGUGAUGUCUUUAUUGUACAGAGCUACGAAAUCUUGAUUUAUCAAGAGUUUAUAUAGCCAUUUAUUUUUCUGGUUCUUUAGAUAAAUAUCGCUAUAUAAGCAUCGAUUUACAGUUUAAAACAUUAAAUGCUGGAGGUAGAGAGCUGUGAUAGUUGCUCUCUUAUCGUAUUUACUCAUCCCUGUUACCGAAGCCUUCAGUUUCACUUUCCUGUGAAAAAGAAUUGUUGCCAGAAACUGCAUUGACUUCUUUUUGUUUUGUACCUUUUAUCAUUUGUAAGUUGAUUUUUAUCUAAAUUGGUACUGUUUUUGAUGUUUACACAAGCCGCGAGACACCGGGGUUCGGCACAUGUAGCAUUUUGUAUAUCAGGAAACUUUCUUAAAUUGGGGAUUUGCAGCAAAAACCACAUAUCUAUUACAAUGAAGAGCACUUCUUUACGAGCUAGAAUAUUUUUGGGCUUUUUUUUUUGUUUUGUUUUGGUUUUUUUUGCUCUGUGAAUGCAUGCCAUGUGUCCUGCCUGCAUUUUUUUUUUUUUUUUUUUUUUUUUUAAGGAGCCGUGAGCUUGCCACUGUAUGUUAGUGUUUCUUACGACGAGAAUUGCGUAUUUGUCCAGUCUGUCGGUAGCCGUGUGAUCGUUCUAGUUUGGCCGGUUUUAAGUGUUUUUUAAGCUUUAAAAAUUCACACUUCGAUGUGCAACUUCACAUAUCAUCAGGGUUUUUAUGCGAACCUCUCGCUGAGGGUUUGGAAGAUAUGAGUAGCGAGGGUGCCAAUAUUAUUCCCUCUGCUUAUACUUCCAUGAAAAAGGCAGCUGAACUAUUAGGUACAUCUUACAACCAGGACAUGCGUUUGAUCCGCACGCAGAUCCACCCAGGAUGACCCUUUUGGAGUGUCGUUUUAAAGUGGGACUCGCUUGGUGACAGUAUUAUACAUACGUUUUCUGUCGUGAAGACGCUACGUCAGGAAGGCGCUAAACAGAACUGCUUACAGAUUCUCAUAUAGACACGUGCCAUUACGGGUCGCUCGUGUGGUUCUUGGAAACGUGAUAUUAGUUGGGUUAGUUCUUACGGUUAUUUCAGCUAUUCAGCGUCAGAUGCUUUGCCCUAUUUGUUAGGCUUGCUGUGCUGUAAAACCAUCCCAUAUAAUAUUCUGCCAUAUUUUUUUUUUUGUAUACUGUAUGCACCGAGCAGAUGGGACUCGAGUCUGGGGAAAACGAACGCUUUUUGUUCUGAACAUCCAAAACUCAUUUCAGAGAAAGGUUGAGUCAAGAUAUAUAUAUAUAUCUAUCUAUAUCUCUAUAUAUAGAUAUAUAUAUAUAUAUAGAUAUAUAAAAUAAGGUUCUUGUUUAUUAUGGCAAUAAUAUGUAGAUAUGUACAGAUUGUUUAAUUGUUGUAUUUCUUCUAAUAUUCCUUAAAUACGUUAUGCUCUUUUUUUUUUUUAUUAUUAUUAUUAUUUGUUUUUUCUAGUAAGAUCUGUAUUGGUCAUCCAUGCCAGCUGUGGCUAUUUUACAAAUGACCACUAAAAUGUCCUUUUUUUUUUACACAAGUGGGAGAUGUAUAGAGAUCUGCAUGGCACAUUCUCUUCUGCGAUUCGGUUCAGGACGCCCCACUACGAGUGCAAGACCAUUCAUCUCAGCUCAAAAAAAGGGUGUGGAAAUGCAUUUCAUUUCUUUUCAUCAAAUAAGCUGCUAUCGGUCAAUGUGAAAAACUGCACCUGAUGAGUAGAGAAUCACAGAGCUGAGGGUUAAACUGCACUGCUGCUGCUGCGUGUGUGUGUGUGUCCAGGAGUCAUGCUGGAGUAGAAAUACGUCUUGCAGAUGUUUCGAGUGGGAUUUUUACACAACUCAAAACAAGGACAUUCCUAUCGAAGAGAUUUUUCUUGUGUCUUACCUUUUUUUUUUUUGUGCUUUGUGGAAAAACCUUCCCCGCUGCCUCAAAUGCAAGCUUUCUCAGCUCCAGAUUUUCUGCUGGAGUGAAUGUAAUUCGUUUUUGUUUUAAUGUUUGAUAGAUCUAACGUGAGCGAGACGUUGCUUUUCCCACUCGCUGCACGUGAAAGUGAUGGAAUGGAUCAUAUCGGUGCGUUUUAUUCCGCUUUCAGCAGCGUCUCCUCUCGUGCACUGCCAUGUUACGUCCUUUCCUGUCGGAUGUGCACCGAGGCGACGAGCCCGGUUCCUCGUGCUUUCGAUUAUUUAUAGAAAAUGAUCAGAAUGCUCAGUGUACAAGUCGUAGUGAGUUCCACACGUCCAAGUUGCCUGGUAAAUGUUUUGAGUUUGUGUAUUCAUCACGUUCAUUUCGAACAGAAUUAUCGUCUCUGAUCCAUUCACGGGAGAAACUUAUAAAAAGGGAAAAUACAAUUGUGAAUAACAGCGACAUAUAACUAUAAAUGUUUAUCCAGAAAUAUAGACAAUCAUAACAUUUAAUAACUGAAUUAUUCCAACAUAUUGUUUAUAAUAUGUAAAUACAAUUAUAUUGCUUUUGUUUUGUUUUUUUUUGCUUUUGCAUUUGUUUAGGUAUUAUUUUGUAUUUUUUGUUGUACUUUAUUACUUGAUGUAAAACAUCCAGAAAUAAAGCUCUGGAAACAGUUGUGAGAGAG